AUGAGUACAGCCUCGACCCCAACAAGUGCCGAGGGCAUCAUCGGUGACAGCUGCGCGGCAAACCUCUUAGCCAUGGACGCGCUGGCGAAGUUGUUCAGAUACGCGAUCGUCAUCGGCUGCUUGUCCCACACAUUCAACAACCAGCUGAGCACCCCGGAGUUGGACACGUUCCGUGGCAAGAUGCAUACCCUACUCUCGCACAGCGCUGGAGCGAAGGCGCUCUUCAAGGAGAAAGUCGGAGUCCGCGCCCAAUCGACGCCUGGGCACCGGUGGGGCUCUAGGUUCGAUCGGGACUACAUUAUCGCCAUGAACUGGCCUGGAGUGUUGGAGUUCAUCGCCGCCUACGAGAGCGAAGACACGGACAAGAGCAACGCAGCCAAGUUCAUGAGGGACGAGCUAGUGCGAGUUCGCGACGACAAAAACCCCCAGAGCUUAAUCCUUCAGUUGCAGCAGGCUUUGAUGGUGGACGUCGGCCGUUCCGUGACUUCAGCAACUAUCGUCCUGGAGGGCGACGAGCCAUUGGCGCAAAAGACGUACAACAUCGUGGAGCGAUUCCGCAGCAAGCUCGAGUUGGCUGAAGACGGUGUUUUCUCACCGGAUGUCUCCUUGCCCACCGUCGCUGCUGUUGUCGCCAAACUAGUCGGCCAAGGAGACGACCUGGACUGCUUGGGCACCCUUCGCCAGUACGCACACGACAGGAUCGGACGCCACUCCCAAGCGAGGGAUGCCAAGGCCUUGGAGAUGUUCAAGGCCGCGAAGCUCACGGACUACGUGUUCAUGAAAGGCAGGAAGUUCACCGAUGACGCCAUUCGCAGCCUCAAGGUGCUCCCGUUCGUCAAGAGCAAAAUGGUCAGGGGGCUUUUCAAGGAAAAGGAAAACUACUUCAUGGCGGCCAGUGACACAGACGCCGAGUACGGCCACAUGGGGUUCUGGAACGACAACAAGACAAAACUCCCUACGUGGCACGCCUUGAUGUUGGACGUUGCCUUUUUGCAACCAUCCUCUGCGUUCAUGGAACGAUUGUUUUCCAUCCUGCGGUGUUGCUUUAAUGAACGACAACAGAGCGUGUACAGCGACCGUAUUUGCGCUUCCGCACAGCUCAAGUACAACAGGGGCAGGAUCAAAAGUAGCUCAGAAGAGAAGGAUGGAAGCGCCGCAGAUGCCAACAACGGCGGCGGUAGCGAUGAAAGCGAUGACAGCGAUGAAGACAGGGAUUGA